AACCUACAAGUCCUGGGGGAGGUUUUGGGGUGCCGAUGGGAGAGAUGAUUUCGCUCAGUAUUUAACUUGGGGUUCCCGAGAUCGGAAAGUUUUCAGGCUCGGCGCGCCUGGAAGAGGCUGGAGCGAUGGAACUGGAGCAGAGAGAGGGGACCAUGGCCGCGGUGGGCUUCGAGGAGUUCUCGGCGCCGCCGGGCUCGGAGCUGGCCCUGCCGCCGCUCUUCGGGGGCCACAUCCUGGAGAGCGAGCUGGAGACCGAGGUGGAGUUCGUGUCGGGCGGCCUGGGCGAGGGCUCGGGCCUGCGGGAGCGCGACGAGGAGGAGGAGGCGGCCCGGGGCCGGCGAAGGCGCCAGCGGGAGCUGAACCGCAGGAAGUACCAGGUGCUGGGGCGCCGCUGCCGCGAGAUCGAGCAGGUGAACGAGUGUGUCCUGAAUCGGCUCCACCAGGUGCAGAGGAUAACACGGCGGCUGCAGCAGGAACGCAGGUUCCUCAUGAGGGUGUUGGACUCCUACGGCGAUGACUACCGGGCCGGACAGUUCACCUUCGUGCUGGAGGAUGAAGGCAGCCAGGGCACCGACGCCCCCACUCCCAGCAACACAGAAAAUGAGCCCCCGGAGAAAGAUGGGCCCUCGCCCCCCAGAAGGACACCCAUACCCCGCGAAUCCAGCAGCCCAGCACCCGGAGAGGGGCCUAGCGGACGGAAGAGGCGGCGAGCACCCCGUGAUGGCCGGCGAGGGGGUGCCUCGCUGACCCCAGAACUGGCCCCGAUCAAGGUGGAGGAGGACUUUGGCCUGGAAGCCGACGAGCCCCUGGACUCUGGCUGGGUUUCACGGGAACCCGACAAACUGCUGCCCUACCCCACCCUGGCCAGCCCUUCCUUCGACUGACAUCCCCCCAAAUAAACCUACCC